AUGAGCUCCGAAUCUCAUCAACCGGGUCGCCAAGAAGAAGGUCAAGAAUCCAAAUUCCUCCUACCCAGUGAAUCCUCGCCGGUAAUAAUUAACAGUGGGUUUGAAGAUGAUGAACCCAGAGAAAAGAUCCUGGCUUUUGAUGUUGAGGCAGAGGAUCCAUCCCUUAAUCUCCAUUCCACCGGCGAUGAUGAAUCUACGCCGCCUUUCUCAUGGCGGAAGCUCUGGGAAUUCACGGGCCCGGGUUUUCUGAUGAGCGUGGCGUUUCUUGAUCCAGGAAAUCUGGAGGGCGAUUUGCAGGCCGGGGCGAUUGCGGGAUACUCGCUUCUGUGGUUGUUGAUGUGGUCUACUUUGAUGGGCCUCUUGAUCCAGCUCUUGUCUCUGAGGCUUGGAGUUGUGACGGGAAGUCACUUGGCUGAGCUUUGCAGGGAAGAGUAUCCUUAUUGGGCUGGGAUUUUGCUGUGGUUCAUGGCAGAAUUGGCCUUAAUCGGAGCUGAUAUUCAGGAGGUUAUCGGAAGUGCCAUUGCCAUCAAGAUUUUAAGUCAUGGAGUUUUGCCUCUUUGGGCUGGUGUUCUUAUCACUGCUUCUGAUUGUUUCAUCUUCUUGUUUCUAGAAAACUAUGGAGUUAGAAAGCUAGAAGCAUUUUUUGGUGUUCUUAUUACGACAAUGGCAUUAUCAUUUGCCUGGAUGUUUGCUGACACAAAGCCUAGCACAAAAGAACUCACAAUAGGUUUGUUACUGCCAAGACUGAGCUCAAAGACUAUUCAGAAAGCCGUGGGAGUCGUUGGUUGUGUGAUAACUCCUCACAAUGUGUUUCUUUACUCUGCUUUGGUACAGACAAGGAAAGUAGAUCGAAAAAACAAAGGGCAGGUUCAAGAGGCGCUCAAUUAUUAUAAGAUUGAGUCUAUAGUCGCGGUCCUUGUCUCGUUCACUAUUAAUUUGUUUGUCACAGCAGUUUUUGCAAAGGGAUUUUAUGGGACUUCAAAAGCUGGUAGUUUAGGCCUAGUAAAUGCAGGACAAUAUCUCCAAGAGAGGUAUGGUGGAGGUUUGUUCCCUAUCCUCUAUAUUUGGGGCAUUGGCCUUUUGGCAGCUGGACAAAGUAGCACCAUGACUGGUACUUAUGCCGGACAAUUCAUCAUGGGAGGUUUUCUUAACCUUCGUAUGAAGAAAUGGAUAAGAUCAGUAAUUACCCGGAGCUGUGCCAUUGUACCAACCAUUAUUGUCGCGAUCAUAUUCAACAGGUCGGAAGAUUCAUUGGACGUAUUGAAUGAAUGGCUUAAUGUGCUUCAGGGUAUGCAGAUCCCGUUUGCAGUAAUACCACUUCUCACAUUGGUUUCCAGCGAGCAUGUCAUGGGAGCCUUCAAAAUCGGAACCACUAUGCGGAGGAUGGUUUGGACAGUGGCUGGGAUGGUGAUAAUGAUCAAUGGAUACGUUUUGCUGGAAUUUUUCAAGUCUGAAGUAAGAGGACUUGUAUAUGGAUUGAUUGCUUGUAUAGGAACUUUAGCAUAUUAUGCCUUCAUCUUAUACCUCAUUUCACGUGGUGAUGGCCAUCUUCCUACCAAUUUGUACACCCCAAUGCACUCCCAACUCAAGACUUAA